AUGGAUAGGAAGAUGUUUUUUUGUAUCAAAUCCCUACAGUCUGUUGAGUAUGAAGCGAGUAUUGUUGUUUAUGAAAUGUCACUCCUGAUUUAUAUCUAUGGCAGAAACCAUCCCCGCCGAAGACUUUCACCAUCAGACACACAGACUGGGAGGCCACCUGCACAGUCCGAGCAAGUGUCACACAGUAAGCCGGUGAGUACACCAGCCUUCCCCAUGCCAGCACUGCCUGGAGGACAGUCACGACCUUUCCUUAUUUCUAAUGAGAAAUAUUAAACCGACAUCUUGGACUUUGCAGCCCUCCCCACCGAUAACUGUGCAUUGUCAGGAAUUUAGAGUGGAUUUCACGUUUUAGGUAAAAAACAAACAUACUGAAAAUAGGACUUUGAAUUCAGUUUAAAUUGCUGAUAAUUCACAGUUUAGUGAAGUUACCUCACCAAUGUAAUUACACACAUUAACAAAGGGGGCAGGAGGGACAAUCAACGCUCUAUUGGCUCAGUACUGGAAGAAACGCCUGGCCAGGAUUCCAUGGGUUAACAGGUAACCAUUUGGGCUUGGGCCAGCAACAUCAAACACAAACAUUAUAAAAGGGUGGGAUGGGGUGAGGCAGGCAGGGGGUCCAAAAAGAUCCAAUCCCUUGUACCUGGGUACCGGGGAAAGGCUGGCAGCCCUGACGCGACGUUCACUUACUUUUGCUUUAUUUAAAAAAAAAAAUUGGAGUAAAUAGUAACAUUUACUGUAUGUCUUAAGCUAGGCUUCGAUUUAAUAUUUUUGGAUAAACUUUUAAAAAUAUUUUUUUCAACACAUCGAAAUAUAUAUAAAGUAUAGAAAUAUAUCAAUGUAUCGAAACAGAUCAAAAUAUUCCACAAUUUAAAUAUUUUACAAAACAUGAAAUCCUUUUAAAAGUUUGUCCAAAAAUAAUACUUUUGUCUUAACUUAGAUAAACAGUCGGAUGUAGGCUGGGGCUGAUGGGAGUCAGAGUUCUGUUUCAUUGCAAUUAUUGCAUUUUACUACCAAGAUUUCCAAUAAUUCAUGCUAUUAAGGGGCAAGUUUCCAAUGUUUUGAACAUUUUACAAAUUGAGUCAGUCCCAAGCUGGACUACAUAAUGGGGAUAUUGUUAGUAACUAAUUUGUGCUAUCCAGAAAAAAGCCUAAUGUCAACAUUUAACGGCCUCAUUUGUCUAACUUAUUUACGCAAAUGUGCAGAACAACUCUCUUCUCCAACAAAACCCAGUGUGAGAAAUGGGGUGUCACUGGCCUUCCCGACCCGUCCGAUCAAUUAAUCUUUAUUAAACUGAUAUUCUAUUUACUAGUGGGACCAUCUAGAAUGCAGACAGCCAAUAGGAAUCAGGCCUGAGAGGCAAAGGAUAUGUAUACACUACACUGGCUCUAAUGUCAGUUUGAUUUAUGUGAUUUUUUUUCUGUAAUAUGCAAAAAUAUGUUGCAUUUUUAGUAGCACAUUAGUAGAAUAUAGUGUUUACCCUCUCAUUUUGUUUUGUCUCUCAUUACUUGAAAUUGGUUGGCAGUAUUUAUAUAUUUAUUUUUAAACUAGAGUAAAUCAUUAAAUAAAUAUUACUGAUAUAAUGGCUCUUUUUACUUUCUAGGUUCCGAUUCCCAACACCAGACACAAUGCGCUUUUCUUAAGAGACUUGUCGAAGAAAGCACAAAUGUCCUAUUUAAUGUCACAGCAUCUGGAGACAGACACUAUUUGUCCUCCGGACCCCCAGUAUAAAGAAAAUGGGAAUCAUGGUGUCAGUGGAGACAUCAAGGACUCGUUAUCAACAGCAGAACAUGUACCGAAUGAAGGUGAAAACACAUAUGCAAGCCGUCUCCUCGUUCGGGGUGAAACGCGUUUACAUCAGUCCACCCCUGAGGAGCCAGUCAUACAGUCUGAGAACACGGAUCGAUAA